AUGGCAAGAAGCAUACUAAAAGACAAUACAGCACCGCUACCUACUACUUCACGUCGAGUUUCGUUUGCACCCGAAGUAACCUUGCAUCAAAUUGAGGUGAUAAACCCCAACAAACGAAGAAAAACAGAUGGCGGGGCAAGUGGGUAUACUUCGCUCUCAUCAGAGUCUGAUUUUGAAGUCGUUCAUUAUCAAUCGCAACAAGAGUUGAUGAAGGAAGAUAGUAAUGACCAUUUGAUGAGUUUGUCACCAGUUAGCAUUCGUCAUAGGAAGAUGUUGGAGGUUGGUGACGAGUUUGACGAUAGCCCUGAUGAUGGGGGUAAACCACUAACUGACAGUUCGGACGAGGAGAAUAGGGAGGAAGGCAAUCGAGGAAUGCAAUCUGAUGCAUACAGUGCAACCAAGCGUGCCACCGAAGUUAUUAGAAACCUUGAUGACGGCACUGAGGUCAGUAUGGAGUUAACUACCGAGGGCAAGGGGGGAGUUAUAGGAAAAGAGGUCAACGGGGAUAGCCUUUCCGGUGCGCCAUUGGUGUAUGCAUCAGAUGAGGAUGCAGACUACUCAAGUAAUGAUCAAGAGGAAGUGGAGAAUGCUGCCAACACUGGAGUACCCGUUGCGGAGGAAGAAGUGGAUAUGCAAUUGACCGCAAGAAUUGAACAAUCGCAAGCUACUCAACCCGUCCACACUUUCAAUCAACCAGAAGAGGAUAUGCAAUUGACUGGCCCUGUCAUUACCACAACUCGGCGAUACCGACAACCAACAGCAAGUUCGGAUGAUGAAGGUGAUGAUACUAUAAAUUUGACCACCUUGAUGUCAAAAGUGGCACAUUCGCAUAACACAGGAAAAAUGGGAACUGGAAAGGAUUUUGAACAAAAGAGUGGUAACGCAAGCGUUGUUGGAGAAAAACAAAUGGAUGAUGAAGAGACAAUUGAUGGUACAAACAUGGAUUUGACUGAACGAGUGACCCGUGUUGUGCCUCAAUCAACAAUUUUGAAACCAAAUCUUGAAGCUGUACCCGAUAUGAAUGAUGAUGAGGAUGAGGGCGAAGAAGUAGAAGGUGAAGACGAAAAUGAAGACGAAGGUGAAGAAGAGGACGAAGUAGAAGGUGAAAGGGUAUCAAAAACUGUUGAGCACGUUGCCGUGGAUGAUACGUUGAAUAGCGGGAGGUUGCGUGAACAAGUGGACAUGGAGAGUACUGAGCAUACAAGUAGCAACGCUUUGAUUCAGACUAAUGAUGCCGAUAUGGAAUUGACUGAGCCUGUUGGCAAACCGUCAACGGAGUUUUUGAAAGUCACGAUUGACGAGCAACUCCUACCGCAUAACCAAGAUAUGGAAUUGACGCAACCAAUAAGAGGUUUAGGAAGUAAAAAUCACCCAAGUGAGUUAACAGAAAAGGAUGCAUGGAAUAGAAUUCCCCGAGCCAAUACCUUCUCUGCAGUGGGAGAAGAUGAUGAAGAUCUCAAGCAGGGUCAGGACACGGAAACGGUGGACUCUACAGAACGACAGCAGUCACCAAUGUGUUCUCAAAAGUCUAUGGAACUCACACAACCGAUCACGGCGUCAGCAGUAAAUCAUGGUGGUUCAGCACUGGCGAACGUGGUGACAAGUUCAACAAUCCUCUCAGAAAACGAGCAACUGACUGAAACAAAAUUUACUUUGAAUGAGAACAAUCUACUGCAUCGAUUAACUAGCGGUGAGAGAAGGAAUGACCAAGCUUCUGCGAGUGAAGUAAUUAGACCUAACAUGAAUAGAUUCGUCAACUACAAGUCGAUUCCGUUAUCGCAAUUUCUUGAUGAUGUUCACCUCAAGUUUUAUACUGACAUUGAUUCCAUUACUAGCACACAGAUUGGAUUGGAUUCUACCGAAUCGAUUACGCAUAAAUCACCCUCGAUACACGAAUUGAUAUUGGCAAUCCCUUAUAAGGAGAUGCAUGCCUUGAAUGAUUUUAUUGUUAAUGAGUUGCAGUCGUAUAUAAAGGACGGCGAACAGGUGUUUCGCGAUUUCAGUGACCAAAUUGGAAACGACAAUCUUCCGAUAAUGAAAGAGUAUUACACAACGGAUAAUGAGAGACAACGUGACGCGAUGACGAUUUCCAUGAAUAAUAUGAAAAGAUUAGCAAAAUUGGAAAGUAAAUCAACCUGGUUCAAAUGGAGAACCACUUUGACCCAAAAUGUCAUCAAAGAAAUGGAUCAACAGAUUGAACUAUUGAGAGAGUGUCAAAUUGGUUUGGAUGAGUAUAUACAAAAUUUGAAUGAUCAAGUUGAACGAGCUAAUGGGUACAAAAGUCAACUAAUAAUCAGGUUGCAGCGGUUACGAAAUGCCAAGCAAACAAUGGGUAAUUUGUCACAGGACCAAGUACACCAUAUGCGAAACACAUUUAGCCAACUGAAAGCUGAAUUGAAAAGCCUUGCAGAAAAGGUUGAUCAAGCGAGGAGUAAAUCUCAGCAAUUGGAACAGUCUUUGCUGGACCUUCGUGGUCACAAAAAUGAAUUGAUCAGACUAGCCAAUCAGGUGGAUCUUGAGUUGGAUAAGUGCAAAAUAUACACUAGGGAUGAGCAGAUUUACAUGAAGAAGAAAUAUGACUUAUUGUCUGAAUCAACUCAUUUGAAAUAUGUGCGUACGGAAAAUACUUCCAAUCUAGUUUUUGUCUAUGAUGGCAUGAUCACGAUCAAGAUGGAUUUCAUAAAUCAUUCUUUUCAAAUUGGAGACAUCCAGUCAAACAAACUCCAUUUCAGGUCAUUGGUUAAAUUCAUAUACAAGCUUCCCAACUUCCAAUUCGAUAACACGAGUAAGAAUCCAUUUGCUGACUGGAAGAAAUUCAAACUAUAUUGGCAAAAACUAGUACAAUUUGACACAGUAUUGGAUAUCAUUAGGUUUCAAUGGCCCAUCGAAUUGAAAGAAGGUGGUGAUUCCAACGAUGAUGGGAUUAGAUUUCAAUUUGAGUUUUUUGAUUUUGAAAAGGAAAAGAGAUUUAUUGUUGAAGGAUCACUUAAUCUUGAGUCGUUGCUUGAUUUCGAGGAAAAAGUUAAUUUCAUGGUGAAGCUAGCUAGAAAAGCCCCUCUCAAUGAAGCUGAAGUUGAUGACACGCUCAAAAAGCUAGCUAACCAGAUUGACUUGCCCAGGUGCACAUACACAUUUGUUCCUAACAUAUAA